AUGACAACACAGAGUGUGAAAGGCCUUUUGAAAGGCUUGAGAUACAUCUCUCAAAUAUUUGAUGAAAAAGAAGGAGAAGCAACUAUCGAGAUCGGGUUCCCCACCGAUGUUAAACAUGUUGCUCAUAUCGGAUCUGAUGGCCCUUCCAACUCCCAACCAACCUGGAUGAAUGAAUUUUCCGAAACAUCAAAAUCAACUCCAACGCCAGCUCCAGAAGCACCUUCACAAGGAAAUGAACAACAAAACAACGACGAUGCAUUAGAUUCACGUCGUAAAUCCAAUAAAAAACAAACAAGACGACGUAGCUCUUCCGACGGAGGCUUAAUAUUGGAAUCAGCAUCCAAGGAACCUAAUUCAAACCCUACCACAACCAUCACCAAACCAAGGCGUAUCAAGAAUUCAGGUGGGGAAUCCCCAGCCCACGAAUCGACAACGACCCGGAGUGCAAAAGUCCCGACCCAUAAAAAGAAAUCCGAUAAGCUUCCACGACCUAAAGCUCGAGAAAAAAGGUCUUCGGGUAAUGGAUCGUCCGAUAUUACUAAUGAGAUGAGUUUGGAUUUAGUUGCGGAAGAAGAUGAUAAUGAAUAUGGGGAUCGGGCUAAACGUGUUUCUAAGGGCUGA